AUGAUCCUUAUGGUUUUCAGUGGUAGUGUCACUGCUGCCAAGCUAGACCGAAAACGGCCAUCUGCAUGCUGCCCAACCAGCACCAUUUCCAAAGACCUGAAAAUUCUGUGUAAAGACCCUGUUUCGGAGCUGAGCUGCUGCCGGGACCAUCAGUUCAGUGGCAGUAAAUUUCAGCAGGAAAAAUUACUGAAGGAAAGCUCCACAAUGAGUAUGAGGAAUCUUUCAUUUUAUACAACCGAAGAGAAAAUACAUGAGCUCUUUAGUAGAUCUGGUAUCAAGACUAUCUUUAUGGGCCUGGAUAAAAUAAAGAAAACAGCAUGUGGCUUCUGCUUUGUAGAAUACCAUAAUAGAACUGAUGCUGAAAAUGCCAUGUGGUUUCUAAAUGGGACCUGCCUAGAUGAAUGGAUUAUCUGCACUGAUUGGGAUAUAGGUUUUAGAGAAGGUCAACAGUAUGGUCGCGGUAAAUCUGGGGGUCAGGUAAGGGAUGAGUUUCGUGAAGAUUUUCAUUCUGGUAGAGGAGGCUUUGGAAGACAGAGUCAGAUCUAA